AUGGAAUAUAUCAAAGUGACAAAAGUGGAGAACGUGAUCUUACACAAGAGAGGUGUCUCAGUUAUUGGUACGUUGCAUUUAACUACACAUCAUCUAAUAUUCUCCUCCAAGUACCUUCCGAGAGAGUUUUGGCUUGCUUACCCAUUAAUUAAUGGCGUAUUCAUGAAUAAGGGGAGCCCUUUACUUCAUUCAGAGAUGAAAUCAUUACAAGAUAACAAUAUCGUACAGAAAUGGUAUUCACGUAGAGAUUUAUGUUCUUUAAUUAAUAUAAAGAUUAUCUCUAAAGAUUACACGAUAAUAUCUCUCGAUUUCAUUAAUUUCGAUGAUGCUACGGCUGUUUUUGAUUCAUUAUUAAGACUCAAUUCAUUAGAUGAUAUAACACAAUUGUACGCAUUUAUUUACUCACCUACGAUCAGUGAAAGGGAGCAUGAUAAUUGGGGGAUAUAUUCCAUAUCAAGGGAAUUUAAAAGACAAGGUUUGAACCUACAUGAUGAGGGACCUUGGAGAAUAUCCAAUAUCAACAAAGAUUACAAAUUUGCACCCACAUACCCUGAUAAGUUAAUUGUGCCGAUGACAAUUUCAGAUGCCAUUUUGACUCAUGCAGGGAAUUAUAGAUCUCAAAAUAGAAUAUCAAUCCUAACAUACUAUUAUAAGGGAACAGGAACCAGUUUAACCAGGUCUGCUCAACCAAUGCCCGGAAUCACAAAGCAAAGAUCCAUACAGGAUGAACGGUUAAUCUCGGAGAUAUUCAAAUGUAGUAGCACUUCGGGCAAGAAAAAUCUAAUUGUGGAUGCAAGACCAAUGGCUAAUGCAAUCGGUCAAGUGGCUCUUGGUGGUGGUACUGAAAAUAUGGAUAAUUAUAAUUUUAAUGGAUCUACAAAGAGAAUGUUCCUUGGCAUUGAUAACAUUCACGUCAUGUCUGAUAUAAUGAACCAAUUUAUUGAUAGUGUUCUAGUGGAAGGUGAUUUAGAUUUAUCCAUUGACACCGUACAAUUGAUGAAAUCAUCUAAAUGGCUACAAGUAAUCAAACUAUUAUUAUCGUGUACCGAUAAAUUGACAAAAUCAAUGUUAUUCAACAAAUCGAAUAUCCUUAUUCAUUGCUCCGAUGGAUGGGAUAGAACUGCUCAGGUAUGUUCAUUGAUUGAAAUUUGUCUAGAUCCAUACUUUAGAACCAUGGAAGGUUUUAUGGUAUUAAUUGAAAAGGAUUGGGUUUCUAUGGGUCAUAAAUUUUUAGAAAGAUGUGGUCAUUUGAGUUCUGAAAAGAUCUUCCAUGAUAAUACUAUUGGAAUAAUAGAAAAGAGGAAAUUGAAACAAAGGUCAAAGUAUCUAUAUAAUGACAUUGACGAUCUAGAAACUAAUGAUACUUCCACUACGAUUGAUGAUUUUAACAUUUUAAAUUCAGAUUUUUUGAAGAAUACCUUUAAUGUUGGAAUUUCUAAGAAUAACAAUAAGAAUUUAAAGUUUGUCUCUCCCGUUUUCCAACAAUUUUUGGAUUGUGUAUACCAGCUAUUAUUGCAAAAUCCUACCCGGUUUGAAUUCAAUGAACGGUUCCUACGAAGACUUGUUUAUCAUUUGUAUGCAUGUCAAUAUGGAACAUUUCUUUGUAAUAAUGAAAAGGAAAGAAACGAUUAUCAUAUCAAGGAAAAGACACGACCUGUUUGGGAUUAUUUUUUAUCACGUCGGAUGGAAUUUACAAAUCCUAUUUAUAAGAAGGAGAACGAGGAAGAUGAGUGCAUUGAAGAUUGGAUCUUACCUGACUUGCAAAAGAUCAAAUGGUGGUGGCAGUUGUAUGGUAGAAGUGAUGAAGAGAUGAAUGAAUCCAUGAAUCAAGACUUGAAUAAAUCCACUACAGCGACUACUUUCUUACAAGAUGAUACAAUAACGGUAAAGGAUUCAGUUAAAAACAUUGGAUUAAAGAUACAAUCAUUUGGAAUCGAUUUAUUCAGUAAGAAAUGA